UGUCGCAGAUCACUUCGAAUGCUCCAACAAGAUGGCGAAAUUGGUACUAGCAAUCCUGGCAUUAUCUGUUUUCACUGCUCAAUGUGCAGUGCUUAGGAGUAAAGACGCACACGAGAGAGUAGAACGGUCACCAUGCGAAGUAUGUGGACACAGCUAUGGACCGCCGCCGCCGCCCCCACCACCAGCAUUCCCCCCACCGCCGCCACCACCAAGGAUCUUCCACGCUAGGCACUGGACUGGAUACGCCAGAAACGCUGAUGGCAGCCAGGAAGGAGUAUUCAGCGGUGCAGCCGCAGAAGCCAGAGGUGAUUCUCAAGCGAGCGGGCAAGCAUUCUCCGUAGCAGCUUCAGGGGCUGGAAGUGACUCGGGUGACCUCACACAGAACCAAGCUGGCCUGACCCAAGGCAGUUUAAGCCAAGGUACUUCUGGCGGCUAUGGAAGCAAAUCCAACCAAGGAGAUUACAACAGCAACUAUAAAGAAUCCCACUUCGCUUAUCAUAGUGGCGGUGAGAAGCACUCACAAUAUGGAGGUUCUAGUAAUGGUGGUUUCCAAGGCAACCAACAGCAGGCUCAAUCUGGAGGAUCUGCCGGUUAUGGAGGAUCUCAGGGUGGAUUUGAAGGCAACCAACAACAGACCCAAGGAUUUAACUCUGCUUCUCAAAUCCAAGCUCAAAGCAGCGCUAGCUCCGGAGUUGGUAACACAGGACGAGGCGAUCAAGGUCAGGAACAAUUCGGAAAAUACAGUUCUUCUGGAUCAGGUUCCGGGGCUGGUUACGGAGGAAGAGGUGACCAGGGGCAACAAGUGGAGCAGUUCGGUAAACACAGUGCUGGCUCACUCUUUGACUCAGGCUAUGGUUCUGCAGCACAAAGCGGAGCGCAUAGUGUAUCGGGAAGCGGAUCUCAAGGACACCAACAUGGACAAAGUGGUUCUCAAUAUUCGAGCGGACAAGGGUACCAUAAUGGAAAAUUCAGUGCUGGCUCGUCUUCAGACUCGGGAUAUGGUGCUGUGGCACAAAGUGGAGCACAGAGUGGAUCAGGAAGUGGUUCUCAAGGAUACCAACAAAGUGGCUCUCAACAUUCGAACGGACAAGGGUACAAUAAUGUUGGUUCUUUUGGACGUGAUGAGCAGCAACAAAUUCAGUCAUCUGGAGCGGGACAUUUUGAAUCUGGAAAAUAUGGAGGUGGUUCAGGAUCUGGCAGUUUUGGUGCCGGUUCUGAGAGCGGAGCUGGCUUCGGAGUUGGUACAGGAGCUUCUGCUCAAUCUGAAGGUCAGGAAUCUGCCCAUUCAGCUCUCGGAGGAGCCUUGAAACUGGCAUCAGACGGCCUUCAAACAGCCAAUCAAGCUGGUUGUAGCACUUGUGGAAAGAGCAGCUAUGCCCUUAGCAAUGCCAGGAGUCACAGCGGGUCCGCCAUAGCUCUUUCCAUCGGCGGAUAAAUGUACCUGAUUCAAUUAAGAUGUAUCUUUAAACUUUUCGACACGUUUUAAUGUAUCCUUGUUGUAACUGUUUGUAAAAUAUUGUUUUUGUUUUCAUUGUAAAUAUAUCGGUUAUGCUGAAAAUAAACUCUUGCGUUUU